AUGGCAGUUCAAAAAGACAACUUUAUCGUCCCACGUUGGAUCAGUUUUUGGGCUUUUAAGUCCAAUUUAGUGUAUAUGGACCGACCCAGUUGAGUUUUUUGGGGUUUUUGUUCUGACAAUCGUUAUCGAAUCCUAUCCUUUCAAGGGUUUGUUUCUGAUC